UUCGCACUACAACAUCAGGGCAAUCUGCAGAGACUGUGCUUGUUUUGUGAUGGGUGCGAAACGCAAAGCUACUAUUCAUUUUCAUUUAAAACGAGUGCAAUAGGAUAAUAACAUCACAUAAAACAUAGAUAGUUGUCGCAAUGCACGGGCUCGCCGUCCUCCCCGCCGUGCUGCUCCUGCUGCUCCUCCGCUGCUGCUCCCCUGUCCGGGGAUACUUCGCGGAGGAGCGCUGGAGCCCCGAGUCUCCGCUUCUGGCUCCCCGGGUUCUUCUCGCCCUCAUCUGCAGAAACUCCGAACACUCUUUGCCGUACUUUCUGGGAACUAUAGAGCGACUCAAGUAUCCUAAGGACCGUAUGGCUCUAUGGGUAGCAACUGAUCACAAUGAGGACAACACCACAGUAAUUCUGCGUGACUGGCUUUUAAAGGUGGAGAACCAUUACCAUUAUGUGGAGUGGAGGCCAAAAGAAGAACCCAGUCGUUACGAGGAUGAAGAUGGUCCAAAACAUUGGACAGAUCUCCGCUACGAGCAUGUUAUGAAGCUUCGGCAAGGAGCACUGGAGUCGGCUCGUGAAAUGUGGGCCGAUUACUUGAUGUUGGUGGAUUGUGAUAACCUUCUAACCGAUAGAGACGUACUAUGGAAGUUAAUUAAAGAAAAUAAAACAAUAAUAGCUCCAAUGCUUGAAUCCCGUGGCGCCUAUUCAAACUUCUGGUGUGGAAUGACUUCUCAGGGUUACUACAGGCGGACACCUGCCUACCUCCCUAUCAGGAAGCAAGUCCGCAAAGGUUGUUUUGCUGUUCCGAUGGUUCACUCCACAUUCCUUAUAGACCUCAGGAAACAGGCUACCAGGCAGCUAGCCUUUCACCCGCCACAUCCAGAAUACAGUUGGGCAUUUGAUGACAUCAUUGUGUUUGCAUUCUCUGCUCAGAUGGCAGAUGUUCAAAUGUUUGUAUGCAACAGGGAGACUUAUGGUUAUAUUCCUGUACCCCUGCGCUCCCACAAUACUUUGCAAGACGAAGCGGAUAGCUUCUUACACUCCCUCUUGGAGGUUAAUGUGCGGAAUCCUCCCCUUAUGCCUUCCAAAUACAUCCGUGUUCCUAGAAAAAAACCUGACAAAAUGGGCUUUGAUGAAGUGUUCAUGAUAAACUUACCGAGACGGACUGACCGCAGGGAACGCAUGCUGAAGGCAUUGCAUGAGCAGAAGAUUGCUUGCAAGAUCAUUGCAGCAGUAGAUGGAAAAGCGAUGAAUGUCAGUGAAAUGCAUGCCCUGGGUAUCCAUAUGCUCCCUGGAUACCAGGACCCUUACCAUGGUCGACCACUGACAAAGGGAGAACUAGGCUGCUUUCUUUCUCACUACAACAUCUGGAAGGAGAUUGUAGAUCGCCGUCUGGAAACUUCCCUCGUGAUUGAAGACGACCUGCGUUUCGAGGUCUUCUUCAAACGUCGCUUGAUGAACUUGAUGAGUGAGAUUGAGCAUGAAGGACUGGACUGGGAUCUUAUAUAUAUUGGUCGGAAAAGAAUGCAAGUGGAUCACAAGGAGAAAGUAGUGCCAAAUAUUCAUAACUUAGUAGAAGCAGAUUAUUCAUAUUGGACUCUAGGUUAUAUGAUUUCCCUGCAGGGUGCUGAGAAGCUUUUGAAAGCAGAACCACUAAAAAGGAUUUUACCCGUCGAUGAAUUUCUUCCUAUUAUGUACAACAAACACCCUCUCUCUGACUAUAUGGAGCAGUUUGAAAGCAGGGACCUGAAGGCCUUUUCUGCAGAGCCGCUCCUGGUGUUUCCAACUCACUAUACGGGCGACCCCGGCUACAUCAGCGACACGGAGACCUCCACUGUGUGGGACAAUGAUAAGGUCCGUACAGACUGGGACAGAGAAGCGCGCUCCGGAAAAACUCAGGAACAGGCCGAGAUCAGCCGUGAGGCCCAAAACACAGACGUGCUCCACACCCCUCUGGACAGCACGGCUCGAGACGAGCUUUAAGAGAAAUUGAGAGAGA